UUGCCAAACAAUGGGCAGGAAAAAGCCACGUUGACGAAGUCGACAGAAGUGUGCGUUAAUUUUAGCCAGGAAACUGAAGGAUUUUUUUUUAUUUUGAAGACAACGAAGCAACUCUUUGGAAGAAGCGCUUGACAGCAACCAUGUCAUCGCCGCCCAAAGAGAAAAUCGAGACCAAAGCUGGACAUCUUCCUGCUGUGAAAGCAGGAGGCAUGCGGAUAGUUCAGAAGCACCAGUCUGGAAAUGAUGUGCCAGACAAGAAGAAUGACAAAGACAGUAAAGAAUAUGAGACUGAGAUCCCACCAAAGCUACCUGUUGUGGUCUCAGGAGUUGUCACUAAGGGGGAUAAAGACUUCACCCCUGCUGCUGCCCAGGUGGCCCAUCAGAAACCUGUGCCUGCGGUACAGAAGCUGCCCGGGGCCCACCACAUCAACCAGCACAUCCACCAACCCCGGAAGUGAGCCUUACACAACUCUAGACCACCCCGGCCCCCCGCACAGGGCCAGGUCCACACCACCCCAAACACCUGCUCAGGUUGCCAGGGAUCUCUUGCCGUCAAGCAUUCCGUACGCCCCCCUCCCCCUUCCGUCUGUGCCUGCAAGUGUCCUGUUUCCACCAGUAUCAUGACACGUGUUCCUCUUCCUGUUUUUUACCUGUAGAUCAUUGCAACACUAAAAUUGAAAGCUCCAUUGCAAAUCACUGAUCAGAAACAUGUUAAUUAUGUGCAUUCAUGUCAUGAGGGGAUGCAUGGAGCUGUUUUAUUUUGUUUUAAUUUUGUCUUACAUGAAUAGUUCCAGAGAUGUAAAUUGUAUAAAUCU